AGCAGGCGGUUGCCAACAUGUUGAACCCUGGUAACGUCGAUUACCGCGAUGGCGAUCGAGAUUUAACGAUUCCACGCCUCGUAUGGGAACGCCGUAAGCGGCGAAUAGAGCGGAAACGCAAACUUGCGGAAGCUGAAGCAGCCAAAAUUCUGGAGGGCGCUGGAGGAGGCGUCGAGGGUGGAGAGCAACAAGAAGAUGGCACCUCCUCGAAAAACCUUAAUAGCGGCACCCCUAAAAGAAGUGAUGGUGGACUUCGUCAGCGUACGAAAAGCGUGACAUUGGAUCUAGAUGCUAUCAGUGCAGGUGAGGACGACGCAUUGACGCUAGUGUCCCCGAUGUCAGCUGCACUCUUUAAGGAAAGCGCAGUUCAAGCAACACAAGACACUAAUCCAAGGUCUGCACAUACAUCAGACGGAGGAGUGGUUCCACCAGGAACGCCGAACAACAGAGGUGAGAGGAUCUACCUAGUGGGCCCGAUAAUUGUGAUGGUGUUUCUUAAGAUGAUUUUACCAGUCAUCUCCUUCGAAAACCUUUGAAUGCUUCAUUACUUACUUUCUUCUUGUUGCUCAAUGCUAUUUCCUUUCUCACAACCUCCUACUGACUAGGUCCAAAUAAGGCAGUCACACCUCGUUCGCCGGAAGAGGUGCCGCUGAGGUCCCCUGAGAUGCAGAGCCAGCCUCUGGUCGAUGACGGCCCCUCGUGGCUCGACGAAUUUUUCCUCGCCCAGUUACGAAUAGAUGACGAGCAGGAUGGUUCUCCUAGUGCCAGUCGUAGCAAAAACGAAGAGUUUCCCCCAACAUCUUCCACUAGCAAGAAGUACGCGGAUCUCGAUCCCGAGCCA